AAGAAAGUUCAAAUGGUUGCAACAUUGAGCUCUCAUUUCAUUACAAACAUCCAAUGAAUAUUAAAAGGACCAAAGGCAAGUGGAACCUGAUGUAUAAUCAUGAGGACUUCCUGAUGGCCUGUGGCAAGUGGGAGGGAACCACAGCUGUGUGUCACACUACAAAUAUCACUUCCCUGUGAGUUCACUUAAGAACUCUGGCUUACACCUGUUCAGGAGGCGCACUCAUUUUUUAAUGGUCGAUCACUUCUAGAAAGCAAUCCAAGUUCCUGACUUAUCUCUGUCAGUUUCUAUGCAGUGAGGGCCAUGCUGUACAUAGAGUUGAUCAGGCUGUGGGAUGAGGCUGUGCGGGCAAUAGACAGCCGGGACUGGCAGGGUGCUCUCACUAAACUCAACCAGAUCACAGAUCACAACUGUCGCACUAUGUUUGUGGUUGCUUCGACACACAUUGCCCUUGGUCAAGUGGACUUGGCCAUCAAGGCUCUCGACCAGGUAAUCGCAAAGGAUUCGUGUCUUGCUGUGGGAUUUUUUCAGAGGUCUGCUGUUCAUAUGAUGGCAAACAGGCUGGAGGAGGCAUUGACUGAUUGUAUAUGGGCUCAGAAAUACAUGAGGGAAAAUCCUGUUAUUGACUACAAACAGCUGGGUCUUCGCUAUAAAAUGUAUAGCUGGCAGGUCCUUUAUAAUGCAGCUGCCGUCCACUCUAGACUGCAACAAUGGGACAAAGCCAGAGAAAUUUUGAUGGCGGCCUCACAGGAGAGAGGAGCGGGCCGAAGCAACCUGAUAGACACAGCUCUAGAGGCUAUUUCUAGGAGAGAGGUUUUGGAGCCUCUCCUGGUUCCUGAAGGUGAAGUGUUCCGUCCCAGGAAACAGGAGGUAGACCAGCUUAAACCGAGGGACUUCUUGGGUGAAGCUAAGGUCAUCUCUUCUUUGAUUCCAAAUGAUGACUUCAGAGGCUUUGAUCCUCUCAGACCACAGAAACCAGGGUACUAUGAGCCAAAGGUAGAAGAUGGCCAGGACUCUCGUUACAUGAUAACGAAGAGCGCAUAUGUGGCGAAAGGGGCAGGGGAGCUAUCGGUGCCUGCAGGAGCAGAAGUGUUUUUGUACAGUGAUGAUGACAAGGACGGACUGGCAGUACUCAUUUAUGAUGGAAAGAGAGGUCUGGUUCCCAGUUUCCUGCUUGAACCGAUGGGCAAGAAAAACAAGGGUAAAAACAAGCGAAUUGAACUCGCCAAUGGCAUCCCAUAUCCACCAGCUCUACAACCCCCAAAUCGACCCCAAGGUCCAUCUCAACGGUCAUUAGAGUUGCACCCCUCCUAUGCCGGCACUGCCCACACAACUCCUCCUACAACCGGCAACUCCACCCACAUCCCUACGCAGCAGGCCCAAACUUCACCUCAGGAGCCUGGAUCAGCCAUAGUCAAGGUGCACUAUACAUACACCAUGGCUCUGAGAGUCCCUUUAGAAACUUCUUUCUGGGAUCUGCAAGACAAAAUCGCUCAGAAAUUAGGACAGCCCGCAACAACCGUUCGCCUCAGACACAGAAGGAACGGCACCAGAGCACUAACUCCAUUAAAUGGUGAUGAUAGACUGGAUAGCCUGGAGGGUGCGGCUGAAUCAGGACGUGCCCAAAUUUGGUGUCAGAAUGAGGACCCUCUGGUAAACAGGACUAUUCUCUAUCAGAUGGUGGCACUGUAUGACUACAAUGCACAAGGCCCAGAGGAUUUGGAAUUCAGUGAAGGUGACACAAUUGACAUUCUCAGUGAAGUGAAUGAUGAAUGGUUAGAAGGGCAUGUUGCUGGAAAUAUCGGCAUCUUCCCUCGAAGUUUUGCUCAUCAGGAUACAGACAGCAUCAGUCUGGCAUCAACAGAUUGACAAAGCCUCUAAACAUGUACAGUGGCUGUAUUAGCCUUCAGUGAAUAAGAACCUUCUCAUGUGCAUCGACACUCUUGAGGGGUCCAUCUGUUAAAAAUUACAGCAUUUAUCCGAAGUUUUUUUCUGUAUGCCAAAAUGUGACUUCACCUAUCUCAGUGAACAUACACAAUAACAAUCCCAAUACAUUUUGAGCAUAACUUUUGAAAGAUGAAAUCAAAA